GGGGCCAAGGUCGCCAACCCGGCGGUCGAGCGCGGCGCGGUGACGCUGGACGGCGUGCUGCGGGCAAGGCGGCCCGUCGCCGGACGUGAGGCCCAAGGUGGCGGAAGAAUGCAGGGAGGUGUGGACGUUCGCCUCCCUGCCGCCCUUCCCCGCGCUGCGGGGCUCGGCGGAGGAGUCGGCGGAGCGCGACGAGGUGAUCGUGCAGGCCCAGGCCGAGGGCGUGUCGGUCGGCUCCGGCCGCUGCGUUCUUCCGAGGUUCGGAGGGCGUGGACCGCUUGCGCCGGCCAGGGCUGCUGCGCUGUGCAGGACGGCGGCGGCGAUGGUGUGGACGGCAAGGCUCGCAUCGCGGCGCUCGUGGAAGAGCGCGGGGGGCUCAUGGCUGAGCGCGACGUGAUCGUGGCGGGGCUCAAGGCGACCGGGGCGCUGGCCUGGGAGCUCCGCAGGGGGGUCGAGGGCAUGGCCGUUCGCCCCGCCGACGCGGCGCUCUAG